ACAUAUACCGAAAGUAUCGCGAAUCCGGAAGAAGUGAUUUUGUGAAACACAUUAUUUGCACCAAAUUUAACACAAAUGACAAACAAUUGAUGAGACAAUGGAUUAGAGAUAACGUGACUGCAAUGGUUAAGCAGUGCGAGAGGUCUCUCUUCAUCUUUGAUGAAAUGGACAAAUUGACGCCCGGAGUGAUCGAUGCCAUCAAACCAUUCAUUGAUUUCAAUCAAUUCGUCGAUUCUGUCGAUUACAGGAAAUCUGUUUUCAUAUUUUUAAGCAACACCGGCGGCACCGGUAUUACAAAGACUGCUUAUGACUACCACUUGUCGGGCAGAGAGCGCACAGACAUCACAAUCAAAGACUUGGAACCGUUGAUCAAUUCUGGAGCUUUCAAUGAAGACGGAGGCCUUUAUAAGAGUGAUAUCGUCGAGAAGAAUCUGAUCGACGCU